CUCAAUGGUCCGAGAGCGCGUGCGCUGGGAGGCGUGUGCGCGUGUAUGUAAACUAGCGGCCUUUUCCAUUUGGUGACCGCCGUUUGUUUUCUAUCGAGAUAAACCACACUAUACAAAUUGUAAACAGAAACAGCAGCCCUGCCCCGACGCGCCCCAACCCCAAGCGGAGCCGUCAUGUGGCAGGAGGCCCGCAAACAUGAGCGCAAACUGCGCGGGAUGAUGGUGGACUACAAGCGGCGUGGGGAGAGACGCAGAGAGUACUAUGAGAAAAUCAAAAAGGAUCCAGCCCAGUUCCUGCAGGUUCAUGGCCGGGCGUACAAAAUCCACCUGGAUUCAGCUGUAGCUCUGGCGGCUGAAAGCCCCCUCAACAUGAUGCCUUGGCAAGGAGAUACCAGCAACAUGAUUGAUAGGUUUGAUGUCCGAGCACACCUCGACUACAUCCCCACCUAUACACCGCCUCUCCUCAACACUACCACCCCAGAGCAGGAAUCAGAAGAGAGGAAGUGCAAUUAUGAGCGUUAUAGAGGUCUGGUGCAGAAUGACUUUGCGAACAUCUCUGAAGAGCAGUGUUUGUACCAGAUCUAUGUGGAUGAACUCUACGGCGGCCUACAAAAACCAAAUGAGGAUGAAAAGAAAAAACUCGCUGAGAAGAAAGCUCAGAUUGGUUAUACAUACGAAGAUAGCACAGUGACUGAACCAGAUGAACAGAUGGAGAAGGGAAAUGAGGAUGACUCAGAAAACAGCGAGUCUGAGGAAGACGAAGUCAUCCCUGACAUUGAUGUUGAGGUGGAUGUAGAUGAACUCAGUACAGAGCAGGUGACUGAGAUUAACAAGAUGGCCACCACUUACGGCAUGGCAGAUGGAGACUUUGUAUGGAUGUUGAGGAAGGACAAGGAGGAAGUGGAGGCCAUUAAACAUGCAAAAGCACUGGAGGCAGAGAAGGCCAUGUACUCUGGCCGGCGGUCUCGCAGACAACGAAGAGAGUUUAGAGAGAAGUAUAUGAAAGGCAGGCAGAUCAGCCCACCCAGCUAUGCCAGAAGAGACAGUCCCACAUAUGACCCCUACAAACGGCCAGAGUCUGACUCAAGUUCAGAGUCACGUUCUCGUUCUCGAACACCAGGCAAUGAUAAGAUCACCUUCAUCACCAGCUUCGGGGGCAGUGAUGAUGAGGGAGCCUCAGCCGCACAAGCCCCACCUGCAGCAGCGUCAAGCCACACCUCCUCCAACACCGCAGGUCAUAGCAGGGGCUCCCGCCGAAGACGGUCUUCCUCCAGCCAUUCAUCCUUUUCCUCCCGUUCCUCUUCACAUCGGUCCUCGCGCUCAUCCUCGCGUUCCCGGCGGAGUCGCCGUUCUCGUGGGGGCAGGGACCGGGACCGGGACAGCCGUUACUCCAGGUCUCGAUCUCGUUCUCGCCGGCGGUCUGAUUCCCGCUCACGACAGCGCAGUGGAGGAGUUGGUUCAAGGAGACGAUACGACAGGACUAGGUCCCGUUCCACAGAUCGGGGUAGAGACAGAAACCGUGAAAGGGACAGAGACCGGGACAGGGGGAGGCGGUACACGGGACGCAGACGAACCAGGUCUCGCUCGCGUUCUCAUUCGAGUGAUCGUUACCGCCGUCGGAGUCGCAGCUCAGCAUACAGGAGGGGCGGGAGCAUCAGUCAAAGUCCCUCCCACUCACCCGCUGCGAGCCGCAGCCUUUCCCCCUCGUCCCAUUCUGCUCCACCUGCCUCUGCUUCUGCAGACAAACUGAGAAAACCUGAAACUCCGGGUGGUAAAGAGACUGGAGCUGCCAAACCCAAGAUGACGCCACAAGAGAAGCUCAAACUCCGUAUGCAGAAGGCUCUAAACAAGCAAUCCAAGGCGGAUAAGAAGGCAGCACAAGCCAAGAUCCAGCAACAAGAGCACAAGCGUCAGGAACGAGAGGGAGUCCUUCGCGCAAUGGCACGGAAAAUACGCAUGAAGGAGCGGGAACGGCGGGAAAAAGAGAGAGAUGAAUGGGAGAGACAGUAUGGACGUCAGAGUCACUCGCCCUUCCCCAAUGCCAAAUACGGUCGGGACUACAGCUCAUCCAGAAGGAGAUCACGCUCAAGAUCACGGAGCCCUCAUUACCGGUACUGAAGGAUCAGCUGAUUAGACAAGUCAAGACCACAAGACGUUAAAAACAGAAUGGUGACCAUGAUGGCAAGAGAAAAAUAUCAAUAAAAUGAAUUUCACUCACGUCCGCUUCUCUUUUACAUCUUCUAAACUGAAGGAUGCAGUGGAAACGAAUCAUUUCUAAAAU